CGGUCGUCCUUCCUUUCCUGUCGGCCAUUAGUCGCAUACGGAGACCUUUCAUCUGUCAAUCAUGCAGAACGACGCUGGUGAAUUUGUGGACCUGUACGUCCCACGUAAAUGCUCUGCUAGCAACAGAAUCAUUGGUGCCAAGGACCAUGCAUCUGUCCAGCUCAAUAUCGCAGAGGUUGACAAGGUGACUGGACGCUUCAACGGUCAGUUUAAGACCUACGCCAUCUGUGGCGCCAUCCGCAGAAUGGGCGAGUCUGACGACUCCAUCCUCCGGCUCGCUAAGACCGACGGCAUUGUUGCAAAGAACAUCUGAAGCUGUCGAAACUUUGUAAAAAAUAAAAAUGACAACAAUA